AUGAAGACCCUUGCCCUACUUCCCGGGCUCAUUCUCGCCGCUGCCGCUCUUCCACAUAAGGAUUUAGACCUCCAGUCUAGCCUCCUCACCGAUCCAACAAAGAUAGCUGGAAGAACUUUUGACUAUGUUGUUGCUGGCGGAGGCUUGACUGGUUUGACUGUUGCAGCCCGACUCACUGAAAACCCCAACAUCACGGUCCUCGUUAUAGAAAGCGGUUUCUACGAAUCGAACAAAGGCCCCAUCAUUGAAGACCUCAACGAAUACGGCGAUGCCUUUGGUACUUCCGCCGAUCACAGUUUCCAAACAGUUCCGCUUGCGAUUCACAACCGGACUGAGCUCAUUAGAUCAGGAAAUGGGCUGGGGGGAUCAACUUUGGUGAAUGGAGGUUCCUGGACACGCCCACACAAAGCACAGCUUGAUUCUUGGGAAAGUGUGUUUGGCAUGGAUGGAUGGAAUUGGGACAGUCUGCUUCCGUACAUGAAGAAGAUCGAAAAAGCCCGUUCCCCGAGCCCUGAGCAGAUUGCUGCCGGACACCACUUUGAUGCCAGUUGUCAUGGCAUGAAUGGCACUGUUCAUGUUGGCGCUCGCGACACGGGAGAGAGCUUCUCUCCAAUGAUCAAAAGUCUCAUGAAUACUGGAGAGGCUUUGGGUAUUCCUGUUCAAAAGGAUCUAGGCUGUGGUAUCCCUCACGGUAUCUCGAUGCUUCCUAACAGCUUGCAUAAGGAUCAAACUCGGUCAGAUGCUGCCCGCGAGUGGCUUCUUCCGAACUACAAGCGGACAAACCUUAAGGUCUUGACUGGUCAGAUGGUGGGACGCGUGUUGUUCAACAACAACUUCUCCACCCCUAAGGCCGCUGGAGUGAACUUUGGAACCCACAAAAAUGUCAAUUUUGAUGUCUUCGCCCGACACGAGGUGCUUUUGGCCGCUGGCUCUACUGUCUCUCCACAAAUCCUUGAGCAUUCCGGCAUUGGCUUGAAGUCUGCCCUCGAUAAGGUUGGCAUCGAUCAGCUUGUUGACCUGCCAGUAGGUCUCAACCUUCAAGACCAAACUACCACGACUGUCCGAUCUAGUAUCAAAGCAAGUGGCGAGGGUCAAGGCCAGGCUGCCUAUUUUGCAACCUUCAACGAAACUUUCGGAGACGAUGCCCCUCGUGCUCAUCAUCUCCUCAACACCAAGCUUGAGGAAUGGGCAAAAGAUGUUGUCUCCCGUGGUGGCUUCCACAAUGAAACUGCACUCCUGGUCCAAUAUCAGAACUACCGUGACUGGAUUCUCAGCACAGAUGUCUCCUUUUCCGAGCUUUUCCUUGAUACUGCUGGCAAGCUAAGCUUUGACCUAUGGGAUCUGCUUCCUUUCACACGCGGAUAUGUGCACAUCAUGGACCGUGACCCCUAUCUGCGUCGCUUUGCAUACGAUCCCCAGUACUUCCUAAAUGAACUUGACCUCCUCGGACAAGCAGCUGCCUCAAAGCUGGCUCGUGAUCUUUCCAACACGGGUGAAAUGACCCAAUACUUUGACGGAGAGACUAUUCCUGGAAACAACCUAGCGUACAAUGCUACUCUCGACGACUGGGUGGACUAUGUCAAGCAGAACUUCCGUGCCAACUAUCACGGUGUUGGUACAUGUUCCAUGAUGACGAAAGAGCUAGGUGGUGUCGUGGACGCGGCCGCCCGUGUCUAUGAUGUUGAGGGCCUUCGUGUCAUCGAUGGCUCAAUCCCUCCAACGCAGUUAUCCUCUCAUGUCAUGACCGUCUUUUAUGGGAUGGCUGAGAAGAUCUCCGAGGUUAUUCUUUCUGACUAUCAUGCUCACUCUGAGUGA